CUCGUCUGCGUCUGCGUCUGCGUCUUGCUCCAGACCACAAUCCUAGCCUCCUCGCCUCUCCGGAUUUAUGUUCUUCCACGCCUCUGCACACGUGACCCCACGGUGCCCUUGCAGCCACACCUGUCGUCAUUCUGGUAUCGAAUAGUCGCUCUGUUACCACUUGCACCGCCCUUACCGCUGGACCAACUUGCGCCCUCUCUCUACCAACCUGGUCCGCGGAUCGACUGGCCCUUCCUUCACAUACUGCUCCCGGUCUCUCCCAGCGGCAACAAUGAAGGUCGGCGCGAUUUGAACCCCCCCAAGGCGCUGUUAUCCCUUCAAAAUGACUUGUUGCCCAAUAUCACACACGCUCCACUGCACCGUCACCGAUACUAGUACUGACCAAAUAUUACCCCGGGAUUCCUGCACCACCGUCCAGCUGCACCCUUCAUUCGCCGAGCAAUGAACGAAGAACACGACAACACCAACUCCGAGUCAUCAUACCGUCCUUCCAGCCCAGAUCUAUCAGGCUUCACCUUUCCAAACGCCCCACUACCCAGGCUAGCCCGAAUCCCAAGCUACCACGCACCAGACCCCAAUUUCCCAACUUCAGGUUAUUCAUUCACUCCUCGUGGGAGCUACGACGCCUCGCCAUUUUUUUCCCCUUCCACGGCGACGUCCACCACCCCGUCGACGUCGUAUUUUGGCUCACGCCCUCCGACACAAAGCUCUCAAGCCAACUUUCCUUCUUCGCAGACGUUCCGUACUCCCAGCUUGCCUGGCCAGACCCCGACUCAACAUUCUCCACGGAGUCAAUUUCAACAUUUAAGUCAGCCAUAUAAUAGUCCGCCACCUUCUCACUACUCUCAAUCUGCGUUUGGACCUCGUUUGGACACAAGCUACAACUACCCACCACACUCGUCUGUUCCCAGCCUACCUCACGGAGACAUGCCUCGAACGCGGCAACAAAAAGCUGCCGAGGCACUGGAACAAGACUACAGCCUCCAUGGCGCAACAAGACACGUCGUCCAACCCAAGAUAGAGCAAGUUGAUCCUGUACCACCAGUCAUGCCCAUCGUUACGGCAGACCCUUCCUUCGGGAUUGAUGUGAGAACCAAGUUCCCCGUUGCCCGCAUCAAGCGCAUCAUGCAAGCAGACGAAGAUGUGGGCAAGGUUGCUCAAGCCACCCCCACGGCAGUUUCCAAAGCGCUGGAGCUGUUCAUGAUCAGCUUGGUCUCCAAGGGCGCCGCCGAAGCGAGAGCAAACAACUCGAAACGAGUCACGGCACAGCAUCUCAAGGCCGCACUGAUGAAUGAUGGGCAGUUCGACUUUCUGAACGAUAUCUGUGAGGCCAUCCCCGAUGAAGGCUCGAAGAAAGGCAGGGCCAAGUCGGAGGCCAAGAGUGAAGAUAGCGAAGAAGAUAUCAAGCCCAAAGGCAAGGGCAAGGGAGGCAAGAAGAGGAAAGUGGAGACUGAUGAUGAAGAAAGUGACUGAUGUGAAAGCACCCGUUCGAUGGGCUAUGAAGAGUUUUGUAUGAUUAUGAAGACGACCUGAACAAGCCGGGUAUUGUGCUGGAGCUGUCGUUGUGGCAAGAGAAGACUGCCGCGCUAAGACAGGGAAACCCGUCCGCCAAAAAAUAACGACCAUGCGUGGACCUAUCGAAUAAUAUUCCCCUGCAUCGAUGGCACAACGCAUCUUUCUUGAGAGCCCAUCAAGGUCCCUCCUCUCUAUCACGUCCGUCAGGGCCACCCGCACUGCGAUGUCUUGGGCUUGGGGACGGCGUGUUAUCCCGCCACGGGAACGGAGCCUGAUUCAUCAAUGCCAGAAGGAUGAUAACUCCGAAGAGACUGGUAAAUCCCAAGGCCACCCACCCGACCACAGCGGUAUAUGCAACAACCACCAGGCAUAACAGCACGAAAGCCCCGAUAAUCAGACCACCCAUCAGACCAGCAGCAACGAUCGCGUACAUCUGAACACUCCGUUGUGAAGUUUUCCCAUUCAGCCCGUCCCAGUCUGCAAUCCAGUGGUCUUUGAAGAAGGUCAAGAUGGUCGAGCCAAGGGAGGCAAUUGCCAACGCAAGCAGGAACAAGAGCCAGCUCAUGGCCAGGAAUUCUUGAAUCUGGUCCACAUUGAAGACUGGCUUUCUUGCUCGCGGGGUGGAGGUGUUGUUGGACAAGACGUAGGAGAAAGUGAUGCUCGCGCCGAGCGUCGAAAUGCCGAUGAUCGUGGUGAACACACCACUAUAGAAUGUUGUGACUGAUGACCCCGGGUGCUUGGUGAUGGGUCGGAUGUGAGAGAGGGAAUGGCCGUGCUCAGAGUAGAAACCCGUAUGUGUUUUGGUUGGGUUUUCGACGCUGUGGGUGUCAAAGGUUCCCGGUUGGUUGUAUACACCCUCCAGGCCCUCAUCUUUGUAGGAUUCCCUCGCCUGUGCUCGAGCUUCGGGCGUCGUGGAGGACUUGAAGGAUACACCGGGCGCGUUUAGACGUGAGGGCCCUUCCAUGGUAGGGGUAGAAAUGCGCUGCAACUGUGGAUGUAAAUCAGAGUCAGAAGCCUAUAUUUCCACGCCAGCUGGACUCA